GGAAAUAUCUUCAAUUGGCAGAAUUCUUCCUAUCUUCAAUUUGGCCAUCCCCCGGGAGAGAUCCGGUUUUUGAAGACUGAAAAGUUCGUCAGAGAUCAUAAAAGUGAUGGGAAACGCCUUCAUUUUCUGUGGAUGCGUAGAUCAGGCGAGUGUCGGCAUAGUCGAGAAGUGGGGACGAUUCGAGAGGUUAGCAGAGCCAGGUUUUCACUUCUUCAAUCCUCUCGCCGGUCAGUGUCUCACCUCAAUUCUCUCCACAAGGAUCAACUCUCUCGAUGUUCGCAUCGAGACCAAAACCAAGGACAACGUCUUUGUGCAAAUUCUUUGCUCAAUUCAGUACCGUGUUGUUAAGGAACACGCAGACGAUGCAUUUUAUGAGCUAGCAAACCCUAAGGAGCAGAUUCAAGCUUAUGUAUUUGAUGUUGUUCGAGCUCAUGUUCCCAGAUUGAACCUUGACGAUCUCUUUGAGCAAAAGGGUGAGGUUGCUAAGGCAGUUUUGGAGGAACUUGAAAAGGUUAUGGGAGGAUAUGGGUACAACAUUGAACACAUUCUGAUGGUUGAUAUAAUUCCAGAUACGGCUGUGCGCAAAGCAAUGAACGAGAUAAAUGCAGCUCAAAGACUUCAGCUUGCAAGUGUAUACAAAGGAGAAGCAGAUAAGAUACUCCAAGUAAAAAAGGCAGAGGCAGAGGCUGAAUCGAAGUACCUUGGGGGUGUGGGAGUGGCAAGACAGAGGCAGGCGAUAACAGACGGGUUGAGGGAGAACAUAUUGAAUUUCUCUCAUAAAGUGGAAGGAACCACGGCUAAGGAAGUGAUGGAUUUGAUAAUGAUAACACAGUAUUUCGACACGAUAAAGGACUUGGGAAAUUCGUCAAAGAACACUACUGUGUUUAUUCCUCAUGGACCUGGACAUGUUAGGGAUAUUGGAGAUCAGAUACGCAAUGGCCUCAUGGAAGCUUCUUCUGCUCGCGUUGUUGAUUCUGAUUAACAAACACUCUUUGUUUGUUUCACCAGUGGUUACUUUCCAAACAGAUUGUUUCUUUAUUUCCAAUUAAUGCUUCAUGUUUUGUUUAUCUGGUUUAAAUACUAAUACAUAUAUAAAGUGUUUCACAAAAAUCUGUUAUGUGGAUUAUCGGCAGUUUGUAUAUAAUAAAUGACUGAGGUU